UUGCAGUUAAAUCUAUGAUUACAACGUAGUUUGUUCGCGCGUGGGCACUGUUUUAAAGUAAUAUUUGUAAAUUAAAUUUAAGGAAAAGUGUAGAAUUUAUAAAUUCAAACAAUGCAUUAUACAAAUUGAGACUUUUUACAUCGAACUAAGAGAAAUAAACGACAAAACUUUGAUAUAAAAAAAAAGCCAAAUACAAAGUGCUGAGUAUAGGGUUUUUGUUCUAGCAUUCGUCUUUGCGUCAUACAGCCAUAGUAGACGAGAGAAUUCGCUAAAAAGCGACGCGAGUAAAAAUCGCCCUGCCUUGUGUGCUACUUCGUCUGUUCCAACUCAAACAACUGCAAAACAACGGAUCGUAGGCAUUGAUUACUGGCGCAACACACGUUUAAAAACUUUACAUUUCUAAUUGUAGUCUAAGGUGGCUGCCCUAUAGUAAUAUUCCCUAGAAGUCAUAUAUAUAUUGACAUGGUCAUAGCGAAGUUCUCAGUUUUUAAAAAUGAUCACUACAUUUUUUCUAAAGUGGAAAAUAAAUUGAACCUUGAAUAGAAACGCAGCAACUGUGUAAAUAUCUACGUUAAAGCUAAACCAACACAUUUUUUACAUACAAACACUGUAAAUUAGAAAUUACUCGGUCGAACGUAAGCAGAAAAAAUUCAUUUACAAGGAUUAAAGAAGCAAUAUUGGUCAUUUGGCUCACCUGCUAAAAUGGCCUCUUCUCCUACCCCGUCAUUGGACUCCAUACGUGGUACUAAUUCCAUAGAAUCUUACGGCGAACACACAGGAUAUUUAUCUGACUCCCCACUUACACUGAGCGGCUCAUCACCACCAGUUAGUGACUCAGCUAUUUGUGACGAAUUUACCAGCUCCUCAGGAUCCGUUAGUAAUCAGCAUCAUCCCAUUUCGGCUUCAGUAUCAUCUUCUUCGUCGUCGUCGUCUAGUAGCGGUCUAAGUGGUUGCGGCAGCACAAGUAGUGCUAAUAGUAAUAAUAGUUGCAGCAACAUAAAUAGCGGUAGUAGUGGUGGGGGUGUACUCGGCGGUAUCACUUGUAACAGUAGUAACGGUCCUGGCGUUAUUGGCAGCAAUUUGAAUGGUAAAGGUAGUCCGUCGAGCAGCAAUCUACUUACCAAUAAUGGCAUUGUAAGCGUAUCCACAGCUAAUGGUGGUGCUGUACCGCGUUGCACCGCUUGUAAGAGUAAACAAUCAGACGCUGUGGCGAGAUGUUUUGAGUGUAUUAGCUAUUUAUGCGCCAAUUGCGUUACAGCUCAUCAAUUUAUGCACUGUUUUAACGGGCAUAAUGUCUCAUUAAUAAAAGGUUUUGAUACGACCACAAAUAACGUGACCACAGCACCAUCAACGACACCAACGUCCUCAGUCACCGCCACAAACUUAGCAGGCCCUACGUCCAGUAAUCUGACUACAAACGAUUUAAAGUUAUCUAGUUCGCUAACUAUGAUGUUGCAACAACAGCAACAACAACAGCAGCAGCAGCAGCAACAGCAACAACAUCAGCAACAAAUCACCAAAUUUACGCAACUCUCCAAAAUGGUAAUGAAUUCGCAUCUUGUUGGUAGUAAUAAUGCCGCUAUAUUGGGCGAUAAUGGUGAACAAUUGGAGAAUAGCAGUAACGCUGAUGAUUUAUUUGGCAAUAUAGUUCCACAAUUACGGUCAACAUCGUAUUGUCGUCGCCACAAAAAUGAAGCUUUGAAAUUCAAUUGUCGCACAUGCUGCAAGAUUGCUUGCAAUGAAUGUGUCCUGCAAGAGCAUUCAGCCGGUUUACAUGAUGUUGAACAUAUACAAGAACAUCAAUUAUCGACAGUUUUCCCACCAAAUAAUACGUCGACAACAGCAACGUUCAACAGCCAACAACAAUCGUCGUCCGAAACGGUGUUGCAAACUGUAUUGACUGAAUUACGUGGAAAAAUUGCCGAAAUUGUAUCGUUGGUCAGUAGUAAUUCGGACAAUAAUUCCAGCAAAAUAAAAAUGCAAUAUCAAAAAGCACACAAUGAGGUCAAUGAGACUUAUCAAUUCUUCUGUUCGAUGAUUGACGAGCGUAAGCAAGAGGUUUUGAAGGAACUGGAGGGUUUAUAUAAUGCCAAAGUGGCAUCGAGCAGUGUCUGGUUGCAGCGGUCCAAGGAACUCAUUGAGAAAGCCGUGCAUACAUGCGAUAGUUUGGAACGUUCACCGAAAACACAUAGUGUCACCGAUGUUUUAAUGCUGCGCAAAAUGCUUGAACAGCAGCUACAAACCGCUUUAAUGGAUAUGCAAUUGCCAUUUGAAUUGGAAUUUGUUUCAAAUUACCAGUCCAUACAGGCGGGUGUACGCAACACGUUCGGUUAUGUUAGACCAGGCAAUGUUGAAACAACUAGUGGUCAAUUAGUUAAACAGCCACCCAUAGCCAGACCAACACAGAGCUCAUCCAAUAGCAGCAGCAGCAAUAGUAGUCUCAGCGGUGUAGGUUCAACACAUUUGCCGCUUGGUUUGGGUUUGUCGAGUAGCCUCCUUGACACCUACAAUAAUGCUAUGGUUGGUAGUGGUGUAAACGGUGUUGGCGGUAUACUUGGACGUAGCAAUCAUAAUUUGAUUGGCAACGGUGGCGCAAAUAGUAGCGCAAAUUUCGAGGAGUUGAUGGCUAAACGUUAUCAUAACCAUGCAACGGCCGUCAAUGGUGUUAUUGCACCAUAUGUCAGUGUUAAUCCUUAUGAGAAAUGGAGUAAUGGCGGUAGUGAUAAUAUUUUUUCUACUACAGAUCCAUUUUCAAGCGCACAAUUACUUAACUCACUGACAAGCAGUGUGGGCGCCAGUAGCAGCGCACUCAGUGCACUAACUGUACAAGGUAGUAAUGCAUCUACCGAUUCACUAAUGGAUCUAACUUCGAAACUGCUCUCUACCUCCACUUAUCCACCUAAGUCACAAAUUAAACGCCAGAAAAUGAUUUACCAUUGUAAAUUUGGUGAAUUCGGUGUUUUGGAGGGACAAUUCACCGAACCCAGUGGUGUCGCAGUAAACGCACAAAAUGACAUAAUUGUCGCCGAUACGAAUAAUCAUCGCAUACAGAUUUUCGAUAAGGAAGGUCGCUUUAAAUUUCAAUUUGGUGAAUGUGGUAAACGUGAUUCACAGCUCUUGUAUCCGAAUCGUGUAGCUGUCGUGCGUAAUUCCGGUGAUAUAAUUGUUACCGAACGUUCCCCAACACACCAAAUACAGAUCUACAAUCAGUAUGGACAAUUUGUGCGUAAAUUCGGUGCCAACAUAUUGCAACAUCCACGCGGUGUCACCGUGGAUAACAAAGGACGCAUCAUUGUGGUAGAGUGCAAAGUGAUGCGCGUCAUCAUUUUCGAUCAGAACGGCAAUGCGAUUCACAAGUUUGGCUGCAGCAAGCACUUGGAAUUUCCCAAUGGUGUUGUGGUCAAUGACAAACAGGAGAUUUUCAUCAGUGACAAUCGUGCACAUUGCGUUAAAGUCUUUAAUUAUGAGGGUCAGUAUUUGCGACAGAUUGGCGGCGAAGGUGUCACCAACUAUCCAAUCGGUGUUGGGAUAAAUGCUAAUGGUGAAAUUUUAAUUGCUGACAAUCAUAAUAACUUCAAUUUGACGAUUUUCACGCAAGAAGGACAACUAGUGAGCGCAUUGGAAUCAAAGGUUAAACAUGCACAGUGCUUUGAUGUAGCACUCAUGGACGAUGGCAGCGUCGUACUGGCUAGCAAAGAUUACCGUCUAUACAUUUACAGGUAUGUUCAGGUCCCACCAAUUGUUAUGUAAAUGUGGAGAAUAGUAAAGCAAACAAAACAAAAACAAUUACACAUAAUUACCUAAAUAUUAAGUCGGUGUAAUAUGUAAAGGAUAAGAAAGUUUGCAAGUCGUGUAUCAGUUCCGAAACAUGAAGCUGCACUGAUGCCGGUAAACCUUUUUAUUUACAAUAAUCUAAUCUUAAUAUUAAAUGUUAUGUGUGUAUACGGUCGUUCGUUGGUAAGACCACUUGCAUAAGAUAAUUAUUAUUAUUACAAUUAUUAUUAUUAUUACUUUUUGCACAGAUAAGAUUGACACGCAAUUAUGCAUUGUAU